CAUUUCACAACAUCCGCCACAAUCCGCCACAAGCUCUUCGCGAUGACGUGGCUUCAAAAGUGGGAAGACUUGGAGGAUCGCGGCUUGCACGGUGUGCGGGUGCAAUCGCUCCGCCGCUUCGAGGCCACACCCGCCAGCGGCAAGGAGGGGACAGUGCAAUGGCAACAGACCAUGGGGAGCAUGACCUUGACCUGUCCCUUGGUGCAAGGGAACUUCAAGGAGGAGGACCUGGUGGUGAAGGCUUCGACCUGCCAGCUGCAGGUGCUCUUGAAGGACAAACCUUUGGCGGGUUUGAAUGGCAUGCUUUGUGGCACCGUCUUGCCCAACUUGUGCUCCUGGAGACUUGAGCGGCUGGCGGCCCGAAGAAUGGUCCGCGGCGUCGACGAAGCCUUCCAGAGGAUCACCUUCCACCUCGAGUUGGCCAAAGGUGCUCAUAAAAGUUGGCCACAGCUGUGGUACAGCAAGGAAAUGAAACAUCCGGCAGCGAGGAGUGGCUAUGCCUGGACCCCGGCGAUGGAAGCGGCUCAGACCACGGCGCAGCGCACGGAGCUGAUCGAUGUGCCACAGGGUCUUCCAAAACGCUCCAUGCCUGGUGGAGGCCAGCUUUUUGCGCCAGACGAUUUGUGCGUUGCAGUCGACACUCAGCAGGACCGCAAGUCCAUGACCGUGCGGGUGCACUUUGAUGCAGAGGCCCUCGACGUGGCCCAGCGGAUCCUACCGUUGGAAGAGCUGCUGGCGGCUGAUGUGCUGGAGGAUCGCAUCAGCAUCUAUUUGCAGAGCGACCCGCAGAAUCCCAUCAUUUGGGCCAUGCUGAAUGGCCGCUGCAACCCCAAAGAGAGCACUUGGGGCAUGACCACCUGCGACCGCUUCCGUGACCGGCAGCAGAACCCAGGUGCACCAGGACAUGCGCUGGCCAUUGUGCUGAUGAAGCACAAGGAGUCCAUCGGCGACUGGGAAAGGCCCUUUGCGCUUUGUCUCCAGCAUCCCCUGAUGCUCAAGAACUACGAUGAGCUCGCCGAUGUGUCCGAGGCCUUGCGCGCGGACCAGGACGAUGCCCAGCGCCUGUCACCGGAGGAACGCAAGGAUUUCCAGCGGCGCCUGGCGGACUGGACCGAGGAGCGUUUCGAGUUGAUGCCCGGCGCCAAGCUCUUACCUCGGGGGCCUGAACUCGGCUGGGCUUUGCGGGGCGAAGAGGAGGAGACUUGAAGCUCUACAGAGAGGAGGCCACUGGACGUCGCUUGAGGCGCAGCGUCAAGCUUCGGCGCGGAGCUACGGUGCUGCCGGUGUCUUCCACGACGCAUGGCGCCAGGUCCAUGGCGCAGUUCGCUGAGAAAAGAA